AUGUCGAGAAGUUAUGAGAACACGAACUACCAAUCAACUUUUCCCCACAAGGAAGAGAAAGAUGUUGGACCUAUUUAGAUUUUUGACAAAGCCCUUCGUCCCCUUUAGAUUGUGGCCGAUCUUCAACUUUUCCUUAGGCCAGCUUUGAAAAAAUUGUUGACUUAUCUCGAAGGUCAUUUGGAGGAUUACCGCUCAUCUUGCAGAGACCUUUCCAUUUAUACCGGCCUCUCAGGUAAGUAAUAUUUACCCAAAAAAUAAAUGGUGCAUUUGGUGCCAUUUUUAGGCUUUUUUACUGAGUCAAGUGUCGUUAACCACACUCUUAUUUUUUUAUUGGAGAAGUUUCGACUCGGCUCUGCCAGUUUUAUUGAGGAAACCGUAGGCGUAAGUCUUUGAGCAUAGCAGUUGUGGUGUUGAACACGAUACUGUGUACAUAAUGGCCGGGUGAAGUCAACUUUGGUCUCAUGUCGUCCAGACUUGUCUUGAAACAGACAUCGGCCGACAUCCUCAGUAAAAAUUUUCAACGAUGGUGACAACAUCUGCGGAGAUAACACUCCAUGGUUUGACCACCGUGGUAGAGGUAGACGUUUCUCGUGUCCAGCCGUGCUCGUUAAACGCGAGAUUUUUGUAAAAGAUCUCCAUGCAUUUGCUUAUAAGUAAAAUGUAGGAGCUUUCAACUUAAUAGGCGCGUCCCAAAAGGCAAAUGCUUUUCUAAAUAUUUUGAGAUUCGACUGGCGGGCCUAUUUUCUAUGUAUCUUAGUUUGGAGGGAUGUUUCUAUCGAGGACCGCAACAUUUUCAUGGUCUACCUAAAGGAUUGAAUACGGGUUGUUGUGUAAUUCACUACGUAAACAUUUCUAGUGCUCUUGCUACGGCUGACCCUUUCCCAUUAGUGAGAGAAGUAGCCCAUACUACAACCUUAGGCCUUAGUCCGAGCCGCUAAGUUGUGGCAUUUUGCCGCUUCUCACACUCGAUAUGUGAAGUUUAUGUUUUUUUCAAUUAAAUUUUGCUGUAGUCUUCGAAAAACCACUUUACGAUUCAUAUUUUGUAUUAUUUCUCACCAUGAAUUUUAUACAGGUAUGUCAGAUAGUGUCUCACUACCGGUUGAUCGGCUAAACUAAGCAUUUUCAUUUUAAAAAUAAUGUAAAUUUGUUAGUUUUAUAUGAGUUUCUUGAGUAACUGCAGGUUUUUUUCAUCGUGCCGUUUGGAUUCGCCCUACUAGUCUGCACAACUACACACAUGCUUUAGACCAGGCUUGACUCACCACUUUUUGGUAGCAAUCUUUCGCAGAUUUAAGGGCAACAAUUUACUUCAUUCCUCAUUGAAAGUUCUACGCUCACCUCUGAUGUCUUUUCAAGGAAUCCUCCUUCUUGGUUUGCGUCUGAAACAAUCGCCAGAUCUCGUCAGUGCAUUGCAGUUGGAGGAUUUCGUCACUCGCGCUCAGUCUCUUGUUGUAGAGACGGUGCAUAACCGCGAGAAAUCCAAACUUUUCAAAAAUGUUAGCGUUCUCACAAGCGACUAUGUGGGGCCCUGUCUCGUUGGAGCCCUGUUUCAUCGCGAACAAAUUGCUGAGCCUGCGAUAAAGAAGGCCUGCUCCGCCUGCUUUGACAAGAUUGUAAGAUGUGAGCGGUAUGCCACCGCGCCAUCCUCCUCAGACAUGCCGAACGAACUUCUCUAUGGUCGGGCCGGCUACCUCGCUUGCUUGCUGCUACUUUUAGAUGCUGGCUACGAUGUGCCUGUAAAUUGUAUUAGUACUGUAAGUGACUUUUUCAGUCCAACCCAUUCCUCUUUUAUGUAUAUCGCGUUUGCGUCAUGGUUCUCCAGCAAGUAAUUUUUUCCAAGGUGUGUCAUGAAGAUGGUGGUGUACCCCCUUCGAUUUUGUGCGUUGACAUGCCUUCACACAUGCAGCUAGAGUGAAUAAAGUUCCAAACGGUUAUCCCAUGUUACUCAGUUGUCCCGAUAGCUGACUCGGUAAGGAAGAACCUGGUCUCAUUUCAUGCGGUCAUAUGUGGGUUGUUUGCCGUGCUCCAGAUAUGGAGGCAUAACCUCGAGAAGACCUUUAAUCCGAGACAAUGUCAGAUAGGAUGUCAUUUAGAAAUUGUUGGAGGGUUCAACUGAAGAGGACAACCAAAAGAAUGAAGGACAGCUGCCUCGGCUGCUUGAAAUUCAGUUACUGAGUUAGAUGCUGGCCGAGGUUAGACUGGGGGACACUGGUUAUUUUGAUUCGAUCCUACCUUCAGGUGUCUUCAGUUGAGACACCUGAUGCUGGAAUCUUCAUCACUUUCUCCAUUGACGACAGAAAUCACUAAGCCUUUGGCGUGGACACGGAUAAGGGAUCGAGUUUUUUUGCCCUUCUACUUUCUAUUCUGGCAGAGGUUGCUGUUUUUUUACUAUUGGUACUUGGCUUGUUCCAUUGUCUACUUCGGCGACUUAACACAUUCGGAUAGUAGUUAAGGCAACUGUACCCCAAAGAUAUUUUUCUGGACUUCAGACUAUACCUAAACUACAAGCGGAUGCUAUAAAUUCCCGCCUGUUUUGGGUGCUGUCAUAUUUAAUGUGUGGUCCGAAACACCCUUCAUGUUAUCCUCCUGUCAUAUUCCAUGACGGCCUGUUGGAGCUCACUGCCGGGACGUAAAUCGUACCACGACAUUGUUGCCACCGACUUCUGAUUAUUUCAGACUGCACGUCUAAUCACGUUCAACUCCCAGAGUUCCUUCAUCCCAACGAAUUGGGUACACUUUUUCUUCCGUAGGUUGUUGAACAGAUAUUGUGCGAGGGACGCCGUUUGAGCAAGGAGAUGCAGUCCAAUGGGACCUAUCAGGACCUCAUCAAACCGUGGGCCCUGAGAUGCCCACCGUUGAUGUUUCAGUGGCAUGGCAAGGCGUAUCUGGGUGCUGCUCACGGCUUUGCUGGCAUCUUGAUGACCUUGCUGAAGGUGAGUGACAAACAGCGUCAUAAACAGGACAACCUAUAAUCCGCCUCAAAUGUCAAUGUUCUGCACAAAAACACAUUUGACCCUUUGGUUCUCGACGUAUAGACGGCCAACAGGCACUUGACAAUAAUAUCGUUGGCGGUGUUUUUGCAUGGAAACUCAGAAAAAAGGUUCCUAACACAAACUGUCUGUAGAAAUGGCUUUUUACAAGUAAUUGAACACUUUGCGACUACAGGAAAGAGCUCUUAUUUGAAGAUGUUUGACUUCGAUAAAAUGUCUUCUCCAAAGCAUAUUAAGAUGACUGCAAACACCCUAAAGUUUGGAAGUUGCCAUUUUGUCUUGACGGGCGAGGAGAACGAUUAAUAAAGCCUGAUGGACAGAAAGAUGGGACAUAUUUCAACAACCGACGGCCGUCUGUUUCAUUGACUUUGCCGCCGUUUUUGAUUCCGUUCAUCGUGACUUCCUGUGACGGAUAAUGGCGCUAGAUGGUGUACCGACAAAAAUAAUCGCCAUGAUCAGGGCGUAUUAUCGCUCCAUUACUGCGAGAGUCCUGGUCCGCAACAAUCUUUCCCAACCAUUCGGUAUUCGGUCUGGCGUUCGACAGGGGUACAUCUUAUCACCCAGACACCGACUGACUGAUAUCGACUAUGCCGAUGAUAUCGCCUUAAUUGCUUCAAGUUUUGGUAAUCUGCAGUCUAUGGUAUCACGGGUGAACGAGGUCGCUAAAUCGGUCGGUCUAUCCAUAAGCGCUGGGAAGACUAAAGCGCUUUCAAGCUGCAUCCCUGAUCGGGAGAACGCACUCCUCGGGGUUGAUGGCUGUCAACUUGAAGAAGUAGACAGUUUUAAAUACCUCGGGGCGAGGCGGCUGCCGAGUAGACAGAGUAAAGACGACAUUUUCUCCGGAAUUGAUGCUGCCCGAUGGGUUUUCUCAAACCUCAGAAAAUGCCUAUGGAUCCGACACGACCUCUCCAUCGCCACUAAGAUUCACGUGUACCGUGCAUCUGUCCGGUCUGUCCUUCUCGACGGUUGUGAAUGCUGGGCUUUGCGCUUGGAGGACGAGCGAAAACUGGAGGUAUUUGACCACCACUGCUUGAGUGAAGUUCACCGACUUCUUCUCAAAUGAGACAGUCCGCGCUCGCUGCGACAACAUCGCAAGGAUAACUCAGGCCAUCCAAGAAAGACGACUGAGGUGGUUCGGGCAUGUUCUUCGUCGUUCACCUCAGGAGCUCAGUGCUACUGCCCUCGAUCCGGCACCGUUGCCCCAUUGGAGGCGUCGAAGAGGGGGUCAGUUCAAAACCUGGCUCGACACAGUUCGUCAAGACGUGGAGGUGGUUCUUGGACCUUCGGUAUUCGGUCUCCGUCGAUGGCGAAGGGAAUGGGUUGAGCUGUCCAGAUCUGCUGCCGUGGUUUGCACGCGUGGAGAGGUACAGUUGGGGACAUCAUCGAGGCCGGCUAGGUCAGGCAUGACCGCAGCCGUAUCAAGUACAAGUAGUACAAGAUGGACAGAAAUUUAACAUGGAAUAUAUAUUGGAAAUCAGUCGAAGAGAUUCCUCUACGCCGUGCGUGUGGCAAAAGACCUGUCAGUUUAGCCGCGUCGUUUGAAUACUCUAUUCUUACAUGCCAGGGAACUACGGUCACCUGGUUUUCAGCUUGCGGUGUUAUUAAAGAGACGUCGACCACUUCCGGGACCCUGCCACCCCUGACUGGCUCCUGUCCGUCUGUUUCAUCGCGUUUAUGCAGCGGCAGACGCCUCUGCAGCGUCCUUAGCGAUCGUUGCGUCAUGAAAUUUAUCUCGGGCACACCCGCAGCCAACUCCGAGGUCUCGGCCGCACGGCGAUAAAAAAAACUAUGAUUGCCGAAGGCCGCGUCUCUGAAUACAGAGCCAAGCUCAUUUUUCGCGACAAUGUGACCACGUGGAACUGCUCCAAGCAAUUCUGGCGGUAAUAGAAACUUUCCAAACUAUCAGAAUUUGGAAAUAACCGACGCGGGACGGAUUUUGGUCGGUAUUUUAACACUCAAAUCCCUUGUUAUGAACUUGAAGAGGCUGAGACGAUGUGGCUACCUUCAUUACUGCUGAAUUAAUGGGGAGCGAUCGAUGAUGCGAAAGAAACGAAAAAAAAUUAGCACUGAAAAAAGGAAAGAUACGCUUUUACGUUUUCUCGCUCGCAGUCUCCAGCCUGCUUAUCAAUCUUCCAAUGUGUAAACAGUUGCGCGAGCCAAGAGAAAAAAAAACAGUUCAAGAGAUAAUUGAGAAUAGAUCCAUAUUCGAGCUGGUCCUCAAAAAAUCCUUUGUCAAUCACCUCCGCAACCAGGACCGACCGUCUAGAGAGCAGCACGUGAUUCCGCUGUCACACAGUACGUGUGCUGACUCCUGGGAUGUUGCUUUAUCUGCGAAAUAUCUUUGACCACUUGGGGACUGGCUCAAAUAUCUCGACCAAAACUGUCAAUAAAUAAUGAAGGGCUCUAAGGUCUUCUUAAGAGUAGCGGAAAUGGGGAAAACGCGAAGAAUCAUGCCACACGAUUAAACUUAAGUUUAAGAAGUACAGCAAACCUCUCCAUGUGCCAUCUCAUGAAAUGUUUACCGAAAUUCUGAAAUGCUUUUUUAAUUCGACAAGAUUGCUUAAGUAGGGUUGUCAUGUUAAUUUUCAUGUAAUACUGAUUAUGCUGUGGCAUAAUCCUGUAAUAUUUCGGACUCGGCAGGAUGUCAGAUUUUGAAUACACUGCUAUUCAAUCUCCUGUAGAAACCCUACUCGGUAAAAAAUGACUACUUAAGUAGCAUCCAAUUUUCCCAUUGAUUUUCGAUGGUCUUGCAAAUUCAAAUAUGUCUUAUAGAAACCAUAAAAAAACCAUAAGAAAAAUAUGCUUUCUUUCAGUCAAUUAAUGAAGAAUCACCUCUUACUUAUAUUUUAUGCUCAAGGAAGGAGUAUAAUUAGGUUUUUAAAAGUUUUCUAAUUGCCGAAUAAUUUGGAGCCUGAUCAUUCGUCAUGUUAAUUUUCAUGUCGCAUAAUACCAAGGUAUCCCAGGCACUUCAGGGUGCCAACUUUCGAACGAGCUCUUUAGCGACCGUUUGCGUAAGUUAUAUUCCGCAAAAAAUGACUACUCGAAUAGCGUGAAUUUUUCCCAUUGAUUUUCGACGCCCUUAUGAAUAAAGGCAUAUCUUAUAGAAAAGAUGCAAAAAUUCCUUCCUUUACUCAUAUAAUGGGAACUUCCGUCUUUUUCAAAUUUUACACUUCGCGAAAGAACGUCUUUCGGUUUCAAAAAGUUUCUCAUUGUGAGAUUUUUCAAGUCUGCCAAAUGGUCACUAGUACAGCGUCGCACCAGUGUAUUUAUUACGGCUACUUAUAAAGUAGAUAGUAUGGUCGUCCACAUCCAUUACAAAAUUUAAUGAGUUAUAUUUGUCCUCUUCAUGAUAGCAUAUAUAAAUGAGUGAUUUUCCUUGUCUCAACAGUGUGUAGUUUGUAGUUCAGAAACCCUGGAUGCAAAUGUAAAGGGAGGUCGGGUUAAAAAGUAUUUUUCAAAACCGAGAGAUACUCUUUCUUAAAGUAAAAGAUUUGAAGAAGACCUAAUUUGCUACCCAGUGAGUAAAAGAUGGAAUAGUUUGUGCAUUUUUUCUGUAAAAUGUAUAUGAACUUAUGAGGGUGUCAAAAAUCAACGAGAAUAAAUGAUGCUACUUAAGUAGCCAUUUUUCGGAAUACGGUUUAUGCCAGUGGUCGCUAAAAAGCUCAUUCGAAAGCGGGAAUCUUGGCGUGACUGGAAUAUCUUAGCAUUAUGCAACACGACAGCCAGUGUGACAACCGUACAUGAGGAACCUUUUUGAAUUGAAAAAAAACAUUUCAAAAUUUCAGGCAACAUUUAAUAAGGUAACAUAUCUCCUGUAAGUAGCGCGCUUAAAGAUAGUCCAUUGGCACAGUUUACACGCAGAUGUUCCCGUAUCUGUCACUGCUCCUGAUGAUGGGUUCGAACGUGAAUCCGAAACGUUAGGCGGAUAAAGCUCUGGGUCCAGCGAUCUCUUCUACUUCUUAAAAAAUAAUGUUAUACCAAGGAUGGUCGUUAGCAAGCGGCGUACUGCCUGAUUAUAGACUCAAAGGCGAUUUCUGAAGAAUUUCGCUUUGAUUUUCCCUCUUUUUGCAUUGUUUGAGACGCGACCAGCUAAAGCACUUAAGUCAACCUUUAAUGAAACAGCAUAUCCACUGUAGGUAGCACGGAUAAAGAUAGCUCUUUAGUACAAUUUACACACAUAUGUAGUGUCAAGAGUGGCCGGUAUUAAACAGCGCACUGUUUAAGUAUAGAUUCGAAAACGACUUCUCUAGAAUAUCGCUUUAAUGUUACCUCUUUUUGUCGUGUUUGAGACGCGACUGACUAAGUUAAAAAAGAUUUCGUCCGUUUUCACCGAAAGGGACGUCACAAGAAUAAACGUUUUCAGAUCAGCCAAUGACUGAGAGAUUUGAAUGGAAUAAACAUACCGUUUUGAGUGUCUCGAGAGGAAGUGUCUUCCGUAAAAUUACUGUGUGCUUGCUAAUGACGGUGGAGUUCCAUGAGUCGGGGUGCGGUGGCAGACCCGGUCGCGCACAUUGGGAUCUCUGCAGCCCUCCCCAUUGUUGUUGUUGGUUAAAAAUCUGGUCAUUUGUUGUGUGGACCAGGGAGCCAAGGUGCGGGCCCGACCGUGACAUCCACCUGCGCCCUCCCCCGUCUCCGGUCUUCUUGACUUUGCCUUGACAUCGGGUCCAGAUGGGGAGGAGGGGAGAGUGCGGUAGAUGCAGCGCAAGUCCACUAUCACUAUAAACUAAUUCACGCGCAAGUCACCGUGCCUGCUCUUAGCUUUCUGUGGAGCACACGAUGGACCUCGUCGGUAACGACGGUCGAACUGCCGGAGUUCAGUGAGUUUAAGAGCGUUCAUAAGAUGUUAGCGAGUACUUUGCAGCUUUCAGGGUUCCCAAUCGACUACUCCUAAAGUUUGUCCAGACCCCAAAAUAAAAUUACUCUUCUCUCGUAGAAAAUCACGCAUGGGUGCUCAAAUGUUGUCUCAAAUGUUGUGUUAAACUUUGGCUCUUGAAUAAUCUAUUAACUUAUUUACUGCCCGUAGUGAAUGGAGCCAAUUUUUUGCUUAAAAUUUUAAACUUACGAUUUCAAAAUAAAGCGAAUUCCUCUCUCUCUCUCUAUCUCUCUCUCUCUCUCUCUCUCUCAUUUAAGUAGGGAAUUGUCCAGCAUGAGCUAAUGCAGAUUUCCGCCCAAAAUGUUAGACAUUUUGGCUGAUAAAAUUGCUCAGUAAUAUUUUGAACAAAAAGAACAUUUUCAGAGAAGAGUUAGGCGACUACGUAAAGUGAAGGACGUUGGAGUUGUCCAGAAAUUAUCGUCCAUAUCCCCCAUCAUCGCGUUUCAUGCGUUAGGCCGCCUACUGUGUUUGCAUCCACCGUCGUUUGUUGCCCUCAGAAGACUCUCAGAGCGUCAAGUGCCUGCACCAUCCUCCACCAGGGUUCUCCUGAAUUUACCAUUUCCACAUUUAUCCAGAGAAGCCCACAGAAUCCACUAACACUUGGCAAAUGAAAAAAGUCCGUGAAAAAAGCGUACUCAGGUGGGGGGUGGAAUGGGCCGUUUUAUCCUAGUUUCAGGGCGCAGUGCCUGGAGACCCCGCAGGCCCGUAGAUGUGAUGACUCAUAAAAUGCCAUGAGGUAUCACAAAAAAGUCUUUUUAGCGAAAAAUCAGCCUAGACCGCGCUCUCCAAAGUCUUACAACAGUAGAAAACGACCGUUCUUAAGAAGAAGGCAUAGUUUGGUUCAUAAGUGAAUGUUCACCAGCAAAAUAUUUUUCCACCGUAAGCAAGAAUUUCAGAGAAUGGCUAUAUUACAAGUCGCUUAAAUAGGACUAACUAUAAGGGUACAUAGGAAAGGGGGACUCAUAAACAAGGGAAAAUAAUAAUAGAUAAUAACCAGUAAACAAGAUCAGUAUAUUGUUGAUGGUCCAUCUGCAUUUAUUCAGUUUAUUUGGUAAGGAUAAUAGGCAAAGCCUUUGAAAACCCUAUUGAUUACAUGUCAGCUCGUUAGAAAUAACUGUACACGAACACAAAAUAUCCGCUAUUAAAACGGUACUUGAUUCAUUUGAGUAGCAUUGUUCAGAGAAAAUAUUUGUGGGGACGUGGGAUCUUAGUUCAGAUUCAGACUGUCGAGGGAAAACAGGGGACACAAAUAAUCAUCCAAGCGUUUCUUGAAGAGUUGCAGGGACGUAGCCUCCACGACUGACUGAGGAAGAUCUUUCCAUUUCUCCACUACCCUCUGCGUGAAAAAUUCAGAACGAAGAUUCAGCCUGGACAUUGUUGCCCGUAACUUCAUCGAGGGACCACGGAGAUUUGGUGAAAGGUGCCACUGAAACAUGUCCUCAAAUUAAAGUCCAUGCUCAAGGCCAUGUAUUAUCUUGUAGACGAGGAUAAGAUCACCUCUUUGCUGCCUGUAACACAGAGGGAAUAAAUUAAGGCAAUUCAGUCUGUCUGUGUAGGAUUGGCUUUUUAGACCGUUUACCGGCUUUAUUGCACGCCGUUGUACCCGUUCGAGGCAUGCUUGGUCCUUUACUAGCCAUGGCCGCCAUGCUUGUAUGCCAUAUUCUAAGCAGAAAGUUUCUCAGACAUAGUGCUGGCCAGGUUGUCUAUAGUGGAUUGUUUACUGUGGUUAUCUAGCAAAAAUCAGACUUUUCUUGCAUUGAAAGUUUCUUAUUUGCCUUGUGUCAAUGUCUUUUGAUAAGGGUGAAGAGAAAAGUGACAACAUGUUGUAGGUACCCAAUAUAAAUUCGUUUUUGUUUAGCAGUUCUCGAUGUGAUAGAACAAACGACUGCCGAACAAGUUUAUUACUGAGUUUUAUGCACUAAACGCCGCAACUUUACAAAACAGAAUUUUAUGAGCUUAAUUCGCCCUUUUUUCUCGAAAACGAUGCAUUUCCUCAUAUCCGCUCUCACCUGAUUCUCUUAGAAUAAAAGUCCAAAUUUCCAAUUUUUAACUUUUCUUGUUUAUAUUCAUGUUCGUUGAUAGCACAAUGCGCAUAAUUUUGAGACUUUGGCUUUUACGUUUUAGUAGCCUAGGAAAUUACCUGAAUAUCAUGAAGGGUCAUAUUUCGCUCAAAUCUGGCCUGUUUUCCCUUAAUAAAACAGAGUUGAAAUGAAUCCCUCUUCAGUAAGUUUCUUCCUGCGUCUCAAGUCAGUUCAACAAAGACAAAAAAGAACACUCAAUGUAUGGCAUACUCCUCAUUCGAAUUUCGGUCACGGUAUUUCAUGAGUUAGGCCACAUACCAUAGGUAUUGCCAACAUAGGCAGAAUGGUAUUACCGACAGUCUCCCGUGUCUGUGCCGCUGUGCGGCUGCUAGUUGGGCUAGAGAGAGAGAGUCCAUAAGGCACAACGGAACGAGUGAGUUCCGUAAGAACGAUUGGUGAGCGCCCCCUACCAUUGUAUAUUCCCGAUCGAAAACCGACAGGGCAGCGGGCUCGUGGCUCAGUGGUUCGAGGCGUGGACUUCUAACAAACAGGUCGCGAGUUCGAGCCUCGGGUGUUCCACACUUCGGGGUUGGGUAUGGCUGGCUGACGACGGCUAAUAAGCCAGAAAUGGCCAUUCCAGUCUCCCUUGUCUCUGUCAGUAAUAACAUUCUGCCUAUAUCAUGCGCCGCUGUACGGCUGCUGGUUGGGUUUGAGAGCGAGGGUCCAUAAGGCACAACGGAGCGAGUGAGUUCCGUAUGAACGAUCGGUGAGCGCCCCCUACCAUUGCCGACAUGGUCGGUAGACUACCAGUCAAGGUAACAGGCAGAGGAUCUUCCCAGCCCGACGUUAUGGCAUGACUGGCCAGCAGAUAUUACAGUUUUGUCUCUUCUUAUCUGCGCCAUUCUUCGAUUGUUAGUCGCUCACCGUCGUGCGAACACUCCGCGAGGGCCCUAUACCUCCGCUCAUGGGGAUUUAGAAUGCUCACGUUGCCUCUCGCAACGUGAUGGUCGCCUGUCUCAUUCUCUUACGUAAACUUGAUUAUUUCAAACCGCGGCAGACGGGCCCUGAUCCCAUGGCUCAGUUCAACAUGCAGCCGGAACCUGGUUUAAAUCUGCGUCCGAAUAACGAUGGCUACUGUAGUAGAUGUGCUAACUCAUGAAAUGUUAACCGGAAUUCUGAAAUGCGUUUUCGACUCGAAAAGACUACUUAAGUAGGGUUGUAAUAUACAUCAUCUUGCAGCAUAAUCGCAAGAUAUUUCAGUUACUUCAGAAUGUAGACUUUUGAACGAAUUUCUUUUCGGCCGCCUGCGAAGGCUACGCUCUGUAAAAAACGGCUACUUUGGUGGCAUACAUUUUUCUACUUGAUUUUCGACGGCCUUAUAAAUUUAAAUAUAUUUCAUCGAAGACAUGCACAAAAUACCCAUUCUCCUACUCAUUUCGUAGAAAAUCACGCCUUCUUCAAAAUAUAUGCUUAAAGGAAGGGUACGAUUGAGUUUUAAAAGUUUCUGAUCAUGAGAUUUUUCAAGAUGAUGGAGUUCCCGUUCAUUAAACAUCGUGUCUCAGCAUUUACUAAUGUUUCUUGUAGUUUACUACAUGCUUCAAACCCACUGCUAAAUUUUAUAAACGCCAUAUAGUUUUCUCUUAAUACUGUAUAUAAAUGUGUGACUUUCCGUGCACGGAAAAUAUACAAAUCGUAUUUUGAACACCCUGAAUGCAAGUGUAAUGGCAGGUCGGAUUCGAAAUUAUUCGGUAAUCGGAAACGUUUUUAAAACCGAAUACUACCCUACUGUAAGUCGAAAAUGGCAAUCCCAGUCUCCCUUGUCAUUUUUGUGAAAUCGUUCCUGCCGACGGUCGAUCGAGGUCCUUUAGAACGUUUUAAAUCUUAGAACUCAGUCAGUUCUGUUUUUGUGGUGGUAAGCGGUCGGUCGGUCGUCGGGGAUUUUGUAGUCACAGCGAAUUCAGGUCUUUCUGAACAAUUUACAACCAGACUGUUCGCGGUUAUGCGAAAUUGCCGGUCGAAAAAGGCCGGUUACAACAGGCAUUAGCUCUUAACGCCUUCUCCAGCAGCAGGAAUUGGAACUCACCACCACCGCCGCUGCCGCUGUCGUCGUCGUCGUCGUCGUCGUCGUCGUCGUCGUCGUCGUCGUCGUCGUCGUCGUCGUCGCAGUUGACAAACCCUGGAACUGCUCCUUGCUGCUUCAAAAAUCGUUUAAGGACAGCCGAGAGCGUAGUCAGACGUCUGAGACAAGAGUACAGUAGAUGUGCUAACUCAUGAAAUGUCAACCGAAAUUUCGAAAUGCGUUCUCGUUUCGAAAAGAUAGAUUAAGUAAUGUUGUAAAACUAAUCAUGAUGCAGCAUAAAUAUAUAAUGAUCCAGUUACCUCAGGGUGUCGACUUUCAAAAGAACUUUUUUUCGGCUGCAUGCAAGAUCUAUACUCUGCAAAAAUGACUACUUACUUAGUAUGCAAUUUUCUCAUUGAUUUUUGAUGACCUUGAAAAUUCAAUUAUAUUUCAUGGAAAACAUGCAUAAAAAUAUACAUUCUUUUGUUUAUUCGGUAGAGAAUCACGUCUUCUUCCAAUUUCAUACUCAAAAGAAUAGUAUAAUUCGGUUUUAAAAAAGUUUCUUAUUGUGAGAUUUUUUAAUACCGUUAAAUGGCCAUUCAUGAAACGUCAUGUAUCUGCAUUUACGAAUGUGGCUUGUAAAGUUAACAAUAUUGCUCAAAUCCACUGCUUAAUUUUAAGAACCUCAUAUGGUCUCCUUUCAACACCGUAGAGAAAUGCAUGGUUUUCUGUACACGGAAAAUAUACAGCUUGUAGUUUUGAAACCCUGAAUGCAAUUGUAACAGCAGGUCGGGUUCAAAAUUAUUCGGGAAUUAGAAAAGUUUUUUAAAACUGAAGUAUACUCUUCUUUUGAGUCUGAAAUUGGAAGAAGACGUGAUUUUCUACCGAAUAAGUAGAAGAAUGUAUAUUUUUAUGCAUGUUUUCCAUGAAAUAUGACUGAAUUUUGAGGGGCAUCGAAAAUCAAUGAGAAAAUUGCAUACUAAGUAAGUAGUCAUUUUUGCAGAGUGUAGAUCUUGCAUGCAGCCGAAAAAAGUUCAUUCGAAAGCCGACACCCUGAGGUAACUGGAUCAUUGUAGAUUUAUGCCGCAUCAUGAUUAGUUUUAUAACAUUACUUAAUUUAUCUUUUCGAAACGAGAACGCAUUUCUAAAUUUUGGUUGACAUUUCAUGAGUUAGCACACCUACUGUAGAUCACCCAGCUGAAUCUGUUAGCGGUCGCCUCCCGCUGGUAAGGACCCUUCUCCGAAUUUCCCAGUUCAUUGCAUAUCUGGCUGCCCCGAGCGAGAAGCCGGUUGGGGUUAUUCGUUUACCGCACCACACACUGCCGUUGAGGUUCCGACAGCAGCCCGACGUCUCUAAAAAGACGAGGUCAAGGUUAGACCUGACCGCCUGCCGGCGUUUGUGCUACCUCCCCCCCCCGUCAUUUUAAGUAACCCGUAAGUGCUUUUCACUGGCCCGCUGACGCAAACAUUGGUCUCUCGGUUAUUCGCGACUUUCAGCGCGAAGCUGGUUUUUCCAUCCUUUAGAUCGGGCCGACGUGGCCACUUCCGCCAGCCAGUCAUGUGAGAACUUAAGGAGUAUCACGGGUUGGUAGAGAAAUUACAAAACAUGUCGAACUCUUGGCAUACAUGUUCUUGAAUGUCAGCGGUACAGUCCUCUUUGACAGCUUUAUUUUCUUCCUCACCUCUGUCCACCUCCCUAACCCCAUACAUUGCCGCCGCCUUUUUAUGCUUGUCGGCUUAUUUUUCAGAUUCACCAGCAAAUGCCACAGGCCCUACCAGACGCAGCCCUAGAUGACUUAAUCCUUCCCACGGUCACCUGGCUGUCAGAGCUACACUUUGACGGUGAAGAGCAUUACAAUUGGCCUUCUAGCCUGGGCAACAGCAAUGAUCGGCUCGUUCAGUGGUGCCAUGGGGCACCAGGCAUCAUACCGCUGCUGCUUCUGGCUCACAAGGUAAGUAUCUGAUGCGUGGACUGCAAGGUAAUCUGUAAUUCGAAGGUGUUGGACUGCGAGGUAAGCAAGACACCGACUUUCAGUUGCCCUGAGUGACUUCUGCACCGAGGGUAGGUUAUUUCGGCACGGAUAGCGUAUGUGGCUCCAUUCAUACUUUAUUCCAAGAACAUACCUACUUAUUUAAUUUACGUAGGCAUGUUAUGGGAGGGCUACGGUUGUGUUUAGGCCUGGGAAUAGGAUGAAGGUUAGGUUUAGGAUUAGGGUUGCGGUUAGAGUUAAGUUGGCUUGCCGCAUACCGUCUUACCGAAUCCGGGCUUCUCUAAUCAGUGGCCUUGGCUUACCUUUUUUCUGUGCGUUUACGCACUCUUAAUUAGCAUUUCUAAAUUGCGCCUCCUCUUCCGACACCUUGUUGGAGUAGUGAAAUGAGCAUAUGCCAGAAAUGUUCGUUUCUUCAACGCCUUCCACAGCUUCCUUUUAUUACCGCAGCACAGCUCUAUAACCCCCUUUUGUGACCCUGUCUGAACCCCAUUUGGAUCCAACACAUCUCUAAAGCAACUCCGCGAUAAUUAUAACUCGGUGGUGAUGGGAAGCGUAGUUAAACUGCUACAAAGGAUGACCACAUCUCAAAUCUUCACAUCCCAUAUGUUUGCAUUUUUCGUAAAUUUGCUCAUUUUGGUAUGAGCGAAGAUGACACUGCAAUUGCUUUAGACACUACGACAGCCGUUAUACACCCCAUUAGUUAGCUUUUUGCAUUUACACCAAAAGCACUACUUGAAGGUAACUGAUGAUUCACGCACCAAUCGGCACACUGAGUUAGAUACCGUGUAUAAAAGCUUCAUAGGAAAGUGGAAGAGAUGGGCAUCAAUCAAUACCGAAUGACGAACAUGGAGACCGUUUACUGAGCGUAAACACCGUACGAGUGUCGAUUUUUGUGCACAUUUUAAAAUGUCUGACGACAACACAGCUGAAAAAACAUCAGAUGCAGGUAGCAAACUGCCCCCAACAACCAAUAAAUUGAAUAUUAGGUACAGGAGGCUAUCAGAGGAUACAGAGGGGAUCUUCCUGUCUUUGGUUGAAACUCUGUCUUCUGGACCAAAUGCUCAUCCGACGCCGUCCAGCUGGCUGGCUGAUAAAUAGGUCUGAAGGCUUCGAGACGUGUUCGGGAUCCCCAAUGAAUACUGACCAUGAAACUACCGUGAAUGCGGCAGAUAGUAGGCCCACAUUUACCUUUAUAGCCAUCGCUGUGCCUUUCUGUGGUCUUGCGACCGAUAGAGUCAGUAUUUAAGCGCCUUGUUUCGUCAAAAGACCUGGAUUCUGCACUCUGACAGUGGCGUAAGUCGAUACACCCGUUGUCACCUAAUACCAUAGCAUUACUUUAUGAAAAACAACCAGUUAACUGUUCAUUUCUAGCUAUUUUUCGUCGUUGGUCUUGUUCUAAACAGUGAACAUUGAGUUCAAACUGGGGGCAUGUGCCAAGUGAAAGGAUAACUUCCAUCCGAAUCUUGUAGAUAACCUCAGACGCAUCUUAUCUGGAAAAGGCAGAGAAGGGUGGCAGGGAGGUCUGGAAGCGCGGCCUCCUCAGGAAAGGCUGUGGCCUCUGUCAUGGCUCUGCUGGCAACGGAUACGCCCUCCUAAGUCUCUAUCAGCACACUCAUAAGUCGGAGUACCUUCAACAAGCUGCUGUGGUAUGUUCCAUCCCUAUUUCUCCCUGUUCUUUAAUUUCCAAUGGCAAUCCGCGUUUUAAUUGUGAGUUAAUAUGAACUAUCUACUUAUAAUUUACAAGUAGCCGCUAAAUACCAAUUGUAUUGUAUAUUCUGGUCGUGAGCACAUUCUAGUUCUCGUCCUUCCGUUUCCCGCACACAUGUGACAUUAUAUGACUGAACGUUGUCUGCUUUAGUUUGCCGAAUGGUGUACCGAUUACUUCAACAAUGCUGAACGGACCCCGGAUCGUCCUCUUUCACUGUUCGAAGGUACCUUCCUGAGAGUAGCAACUUCCUGCAUCACGAAUUUCCUUUAAGAACUCAAACCUCUUAUGAACUAGUUUUUAUGUUUACUGAUCAAACCUUACUCAAAGAACCCUCUAAAUACCUACAGCCUCGUCGAAAUAAUUUAAAUCAUUCACCCAAACAGACACAAAUCAUCCUUCGUUUUAAGCCAGUUGUUUAUGUAAAACUCUUGGUUUUUGAAGAGACUAUAAUUUCCGUGUCAAGCGUAUGAGUAUGAGGGUAAUCUUUUCAUACUGUAUCCUGUCAAGGUGUUAUCUGCUUCUGGCAAACUCUCUUUUUAAUCUAAGUUAACGUUAAAGCACAGGAAUAAUCACACCCAAGGCAUUUUUGCAAAAUCAGGCUGUGACGAAAUCGAGGAAACUCUACACCUCCGUUUUUUUAAUGUUAUAAUGACACUUUUUAUUUCAUUUUCUCCAUUUGUCUUCCACAGGGAUUUCCGGCGCGAUCUGGUUUCUCCUGGACAUGUUGGAACCAGUCUCUGGCAAAUUUCCAAUCCUGCAUUGA